UGUUAUAUUGCAUGUGACCUGCUGAUGGCGCCGUACAAAACUAAACGCAGUGUGAACGCCGUGGAACUGCUGAACCGGAGGAGCAGAGGGACCAGAGAUGCUCUCAGCAGGUACAACUUGAAGGUCUUCAGAGGUGUACUGCUCCAGGACACCAGGGUUUUUCUUAAAGUAUGGAGCAAGACUUCAAAAUCCAAAAUAAUGUAUGAGAAUGGUAAAUUCUACUUUGAAAAUUACCAGAUCUGUUACAGCUGUGUUCAUUCAGACCCUCAUGUCCUGUACAAACUGCCUAAACGGUCUAAAAAGGAGAAACUUGAAGAUGCCUUACUGUGUCAGAGUCCACUUGAUAAAACACUAGCAUCUCCUUCUGAUCAAAAGCCAAGCCUCUUAGCACUGACUGCUAACAACUGGCUGUGUCGCCUUUCAGUCGAUACGGGGAAGGAGCUUCAGAAAGUUUACCUCUCUCCAAACCUUAAGUUCAAGUAUCUGGGCUGGGAUAUUUCUCCAGAGAUAUUUUAUGUAAAAACUGUUCAAAGUAAAGAAACCUCUUUAGAACGGCAGGCAGGAAUCGUAAACAACACAAUCAUGCACAUUGCCAUCUUUCAGGCUUUCCCCCUUCAGAUUGUGGGUAUAAUGGAGAUCAAUAAGAGGGUAUUUGGAAAUGGAAUAACUGAUGUGGUGCUGUCUCAAGGUGUCCUCGCUGUGUCUUACAGCAACAAGUCAGUCAAACUUUACAGCUGUGAACACAUAUUUCAAAGGUACAUCACAGAGGAAUUAACUCUUGGAAAGCAGAGUUCACUCCUCAGGGGUAAAACAGUGGGAGAGUUUCCUUUUGGCAUCCCAGUAAAUAUCCAAAUCAAAGAUUGUCCUCCUGUGCUUUUUGAGGUGUCGUGCUCUAAUAACGGUGUCCAGGUUGGAGGUUUCCCGUGGCACUACAUAUACACGCCACCACAAAAAAAUCACAAGGGGACUCACCACAUCCGGUCACUGAAGGACAACAUUAUGGCAACAAAUGGAAUACAAAACAUGAACUGCUGCUCAUUAGAGAGUGAUAUGAUUUUCUUUCAUCCUGAUGACUCUGGAAGGAUCAUUCAUUUUGGACCUAACACUAUAAACGUCCUAAAAAUCCUUGGUGAGCUGAACAGCAGUCUCCCAUCAAAGAUCGUCAAGGAUUUCUCUAUGACAGUUGACAGACAAAACCGCAAUCCCACCCCCCAAGUUACUGUCACCUCUUCAGGCCGUACAGUGAAGAGAAGAGUUCAACAGCUGGAUGAUGAUCCAGAUCAAAAGACUUUCCGAUUGGUGGAAUAUGAGGAUGAGCUGGACCUUUUGACUGUAUUGGUCACUAAUGGAGAGGAGGAACAGGGAAUAGCUCACGUCCAGCUGCAUGACAACCAGAGCGGGAAGUUACUACGGACGGUUGAACUGGCUGAACGUUGGGAUGAGACAUAUCGACAUGAGCUGUUCUUUGACAAAGACACGAUUGUUCACAUUGAACAACAAAAUACCAACUUCUGCUGCCAUGUUUACAAACUGGAGGGUCUCGAGGAAUAUGCGGAGUAAACAAUUAUGGAAAGAAUUUUGUGGUUACGAGAAAAAAA